GUUACCACUUACCAGCGCUCUCUCUCUCUCUCCAGCCUGCUUGCCUUCCUUUUUUUUUUUUUUUUCUUUGAACUUUUAUUCGGUAAUCGGUUUGAAGUCUUUGGGUUUUUGAAGCCAUUCGAAGAGGAGGAAAUGGACGUGGAUGAUAACAACAAUGAGAUGUGGGAAUGGCGAGAAGAGUAUAGUCUGCAAAUAGAUCCACAAAACAAUUUUUCUCACUCUCUAUGGGAUGAAGUAAAGCCAAAUGAAGAUGCUUUCUUGCACAUGCUGGAGCAACAAACUCCUAUUAAGGAUUGUGCAGAUUUUAGCUCCCAAGUAUCGGAUAUUGGAGAUAUUACCAACAAAGGUUUGGAGGAAUCUGGGGAAUCUUCGCAACUCAAGAGGAGGCGCAUGCUGCAGUUCACGUCGGAUACUAAUGAGGCUGACAUUGGCAACGAGGAAGGUGCUGCUACUUUCUUAAAAUCUAAGGUAAUGGAGUGCUCAGAAACGGAAGAUGGACUUUCAGAAAGUUUAAAGUGGACUUCGGAGUGGGCUGUGGGAUUUUCAGAGGAAAUGUGUGCCAUAAGUUGUGAAGGGUUGGAUCAAUCAUCAGAGGGGUGGCUGGCAGAUUGCUUGAAUGAAAACGAGAUGCCCUGUAUCCCUGAUGAAAAGAAUAAUUAUUUGACGUCCAAUGACCAAGUCAGUGUUUCUGAGUUUAACAACAUUUUACCUGAGAUGGAAAAUGAUGUGGUGCAAGAGACCCCAGCUCCCGCUCCUCCCGUACUUUUUAAGGGUAGGAAAUCUUACAUUAAAACUCCGGCAAAGUUAACUAGUUCAAUUGCCUAUCCUUUUUCCCUAAUCAAACCAUGUGGAGUUCAAGGUGAUGUAACUUUGAAUGACAUAAAUCAGCGAAUUCUAGCUCCACCACCAUCAAGAUUGAAGCAUAAGAAGGAUGAGGAAACUACCAUUUCUUAUCCUACUUCAGCUUAUUCUGGGAAGCCUGUGGUUGUCAAAACUAAAAUUUGCACUGAAGGGGGAAAAGGCAGCAUUACAAUCAUGAGAACCAAAGGUUGACUUUAUAAGCCUUCUCCAAGUGUUCUGUGGGCCUCUCUCUCACGCAUUUAAUUUUGUGUUGGUCUUGCAUGAUAAGUUUUGGCCAGGUAGUUUAAAUACUUCUAUGUUUUUUUGGAUCCUUGUUUGGUGCUGGAUCAUUCACUCAGACUUGUUGCUUGAACCAUUUAUUUUGGGCUUAAGUUCCAUAUUGCUGAGAGGAACUCUAGUUAUAUGCAUUUCUUGGUUUGUGAUGCUUUCAUUAGUUGAAGAAAAUUGUAUUUUGUUAACACUUGAAUUUUCUUUUACUUUUCAUUAUUGUUGCCCUAGUGAUGAUCUCUAGCGCAUCUAGUUAAUAUAUUGGGAAUUGAAGGACUUUUAUGA